UGCUUUGUUUUCUCGCAGCCAUGGGCUCGGCACAGGGCACGGCACUUCUUUACAAGUGGGAAGUGCAGUACGAGCACACACUGCCGAAGGCCUACCCGAAGCUGUCCAUCACCAUAAACGGAGAAACCCCCGGACCAACCAUAUCGGCGCACCAAGGGGACGUCCUCAUCGUCGAAGUCACCAACGGGCUGGGGAAGGAGAACCUCGCGAUCGAGUGGGAUGGAGUGCAACAGAUUGCAGGGGCUUUGACAGGCCCCAUUCCUCCCGGGAAGACUUUUGAGUUCCGAUUUGCCGUUGAUCAGCUCGGCACGUAUUCUUACUACGCUGUUUCCAAAUUGCAAAGCGAGGCCGGACUGCACGGGUCGAUUCAAGUUCUGCCGCCGGAUGAGGAGGGCAAGGGCGCACCGUUUACAGGACAACGCAGGCCGCAGAUCACGGGAAGUGGUCAGACAAAAGGGCUCUAAAACACAAGUAAC